AUGCCUUCGCGUGCCGCUAAGAAAUAUAAUGGAGAUACAGUUUUCUUAACUUCUAUUUCUGGCACAUUUGUAUCUCAUGCUCACACUGUUUUGGGAUAUUGUAAGUUUACGUUCCAUAAUUACCAUGAAUUAUUGGGAAUUAUCGUGAAUUAUCAUGAAGAAUGGUUUCCUAGUGUAAGUGCCACAACAGGUGAUUGGUAUCCGGAACGAGCUGUUUUUCAAAUUUUUAUUGCAUUAAAUUCUGCUGUUGGUAUAAUCAGAACUGUUUCAUGCGGCGGAUGGGUCUAUAUUACUUCUUCGGAUGAUCAUGACAUUCAUGAUAUUGCCAUGAUUAUUUAUUUGGUUUGCACUCUACCAUGGAUGCUUGGUGUGCUUUCGACUACGCCACGGACUUCUCAUAUUACUUCGUUAAAAUAUCGACCAUUCGUCUUUUGGUCAAUGCUUACUGCUCUGGCAUUAUUAAUCUGGUAUUUCCCAUUAUGGCACAUGGGUAUUUCAGGCUUUGAAGUUUUUCUACUUGUCACUAUUACUCCGGUUUUUUUGGCAUAUGAUUUUAUGCGCAAAAUUGUUUUCAAAUAUCGUGGAUUUUUCCAUUUAUUAUCAUUGAUGGGUAUUGCAUCUUAUACAUUCAAAGAUCCUGUUUAUAGACUCGUAUUAUCUUCAUUUGGAAUAGGUAUUAGUCUUUUAACAUGGUUUGCUACUUGGUUUGGAAAUCGUUCGAAAAAUAGUCAAUUAGAAUAUGAUAUAUCUGUUUGGAGUCUUGGGCUUUUAUUACAUAAUGUCAUCAAAAUGGCUUGGUACUCAAAUAAUCCUAUAUGGCCUAUUAUGCAUGAAUUUAAUGGUGGUAAAAACUUUAUUGGAUUAUUACUUGGAAUUUUUGCUUGUAUAGGAUUAAUUAUUCGUGAUUUUAUUGAUGGAAAAAACAAGUCAUCAGAUAAACUAUUGAAUAAUUUUUCAAAAAUCAAAUCUAGUUGGGUUUCAGCAUCAUUAAGUCUUGGUGCAGUCAUGUUUGGGCUGCAUUCCAUGUUUACUGAUUCUUCUACUAUCAUGCGUUGGGUUGUUGAUGGUUAUCCUAAUUACGGUCCAGAUCCAAUUUCUUGGGGUUUUAUUACCAUUUUAGCGAUGGGAAUGGGCUUAUUAAUAUCAACUAAUGCAAAAUUAUCAACAAGUUUUCUAAUGUAUUUAGUUGGAUGCUUUAGUUGUAUAAUUGUUUAUUUUAUUCCUUCUUGGAUUGGAUAUUACGCUGGUCUUGUUCUUGGUGCAUAUUUUAUGGCUAUUACUCCAUAUUUAAUUAGAUCUGCAAUGCUCCACAACCCUGGUCGAACUUUAUUUACAACCAUGAUGGUUUACAAUAUUUUUUGUCUUGCACAUGUAUGGGUUGUUGCUUACGAAUUUGUUCCUGGUGGUCCAUUAGCUCGUGAACGUACAAAUUGGAUUUUAAUAUUUAUGAUGACAUUCAUUGGUUUAGGUGUUCUUAAUACUACUAGUAUUAUUAAUAAUUAUCAACUUAAAAAAAUCAGAUCUAUUAGAAAUUUUAUUCGUAUUGCUAUUUUUGGAAUUAUUUUUCUUAGUAUUAUUGUCUCAUUUGUUAGAUUUAAAUCUGCGAAAACUCCUGUUCCUUAUAGACCAGAACAUAAAAUGUUUACGGCUGGUAUCUGGACAAUUCAUUUCACCCUUGAUAAUGAUAUGUGGUCUUCGGAAGUACGUAUUAAAGACGCCAUAAGGGAUUUAGAAUUUGAUGUUAUUGGUUUAUUGGAAUCCGAUACUCAACGUAUUAUCAUGGGUAAUAGAGAUUUAUGGCAGUAUAUUUCUGAAGAUUUAGGUUAUUACGUAGAUUAUGGACCAGGACCAGCCAAGCACACUUGGGGCUGCGCCAUACUUUCAAAAUUCCCUAUAAUAAAUUCGACUCAUCAUCUUUUACCUUCUCCAGUUGGUGAACUUGCUUGUGCAAUUCAUGCAACUUUGAAUAUUUAUGGACAAAAUGUUGAUUUUAUUGUUAGUCAUAAUGGUCAAGAAGAGAAUUUAUUAGAUCGUGAAUUACAAACUACUGAAUUGGCUCGAAUAAUGCGUGAAUCAUCUAACCCGUUCGUAUUCUUGGGUUAUGUUGUAACUGAACCAUUUCAACAUAUUUAUAAUAUCCUUUUUGAUGAUGGUCACAUAAAUGAUAUUGAUCCAUCUGAGAUGUCUAGAUGGUGUGAAUACAUUGGAUUCCGUGGACUAAAAAGAAUUUCAUUUGCACGAAUUAGUCAUGGACAUAUUACUGAUACUGAAAUUCAAGCUGGUAAAUUCCUUGUGGUCAACGAUUCAAAUGAUAAUAAUUCAAAUGAUAAUUCAAAUGUUGAUCUGAAUAAACAAGUUCAAAAGGAUUAUUAUCCAGCCUCAAUGCGAUUUCCUGAAAUGUUUUAUAAUGAAGGAAUACGUGGUCAUCGAUAUGACGAUACCUAUCCUCGUUAUUUCGCAUAG